AUGGCGGCCCCGGCCGCGCUGCGCCCGCUCCUGCCCCUCGUCCCCGUGGCCGCCGCGCUGGCGCUGGCCGCGGGCGGGGGCACCGCGGGGACAGGUCCGGGGGGACGGCACGGCGGGGACCGCGGGAGGGCCGCGCGGGGGGCCCGCGGGGAUGGGGGCGGGUUGUCCGUGGAGUGCGGGGUGCCCGCGGGUGGCGAGCCGCGCUCCGGCAGCGACAUCGUCCAUCCCAUCAAGGUCGACGAGAGCGGAGCCUUCCUGUCCUACGACUUGUCCCACCGGGCCCUUCACCGGAGGUCUCCUGCCUCCAGGAGCAAGCUCCCCGCCUUCUACGAGCUGCAGUACAGAGGGCAACCCCUGAAAUUCAACCUGAGCCUCAACAGGCACCUCCUGGCCCCGGGCUUUGUCAGCGAGAGGCGUUUCGGGGGCAUCGCCGGCGCCAAGAUCCAGCCCCGCUCCUACAACCCGUGCCACAUGAUCGGGGAGGUGCGGGGCCCGCUGCAGGCGGGGCUGGCUGCCCUCAGCACCUGCGAUGGCCUGAAAGGUGUGUUUCAGCUCAUGAACGAGGACUAUUUCAUCGAGCCCGUGUCCAGCAGCCCCCGGGAGGAGGGAGCAGCACAGCCCCACAGGAUCUACAAGCGCCAGGUGCUGGAGGCCAGGGCUGAGCAGGGCAGGAGCGCCCCAGCCCCGCGGGAGCCCUGCGGUGUGCCAGAGUCUCAGGAAAGCCUGGAGCGGUCUGAGAGGCGCAGGGAGAGGUGGGAGCAGAAGCAGCACAGGAGGAGGAGGAGGAGGAUCAAGCAGCGCUCCAUCAGCAGGGAGAAGUGGGUGGAGACGCUGGUGGUGGCAGACACCAAGAUGGUGGAGUUCCAUGGCAGUGCUAACAUUGAGAAGUACGUGCUGACCGUCAUGAACAUGGUGGCAGGGCUGUUCCACCACGCCAGCAUCGGGAACCCCAUCAACAUCGCCAUAGUGCGGCUGAUCCUGCUGGAGCACGAGGAGGAGGACCUGAAGAUCUCCCACCACGCAGACAACACCUUGAAAAGCUUCUGCAAGUGGCAGAAGAGCAUCAACGUGAAGGGAGACUCCCACCCCCUGCACCACGACGUCGCCGUGCUGCUCACCAGGAAGGACAUCUGUGCUGCCAUGAACAGGCCCUGUGAGACCCUGGGGCUGUCCCACGUGGCCGGGAUGUGCCAGCCCCACCGGAGCUGCAACAUCAACGAGGACACGGGGCUGCCGCUCGCCUUCACCGUGGCCCACGAGCUGGGACACAGUUUUGGGAUUCAGCAUGAUGGAAGCAGCAAUGACUGUGAGCCAGUUGGGAAAAGACCUUUCAUCAUGUCUCCACAGCUCCUGUAUGACACGUCCCCACUCACCUGGUCCCGCUGCAGCCGCGAGUACAUCACACGCUUCCUCGACCGGGGCUGGGGGCUGUGCCUGGAUGAUCCCCCGGCCCGGGAGCUGCUGGACUUUCCCCUGGUGCCCCCGGGCGUCCUGUACGACGUGGGCCACCAGUGCCGGCUGCAGUACGGCCCCUACUCCACCUUCUGCGACGACAUGGACAGUGUCUGCAGCACGCUGUGGUGCACGGUGGGGAACACGUGUCACUCCAAGCUGGAUGCAGCUGUGGAUGGCACAGCCUGCGGGGAGAGCAAGUGGUGCUUCAAUGGCGAGUGUGUUCCCGUGGGCUUCCGGCCCGAGCCCAUCGACGGCGGCUGGAGCUCCUGGAGCGCCUGGGCCUCCUGCUCCCGCAGCUGUGGGGCAGGAGUGCAGAGUGCUGAGAGGCACUGCAGCCAGCCCACGCCCAAGUACGGGGGCCGGUACUGCCUGGGCGAGCGCAAGCGGUUCCGGAUCUGCAACGUGCGGCGCUGCCCCCGGGACAAGCCCUCCUUCCGCCAGGUCCAGUGCAGCCAGUUCAACCCCAUGCUCUACAAGGGGAAGCUCUACAAGUGGACUCCAGUGCCCAACAACAUGAACCCCUGCGAGCUGCACUGCCGGCCCGAGCACGAGUACUUUGCGGAGAAGCUGCGGGACGCGGUGGUGGACGGCACGCCCUGCUACGACAGCGACGCCAGCCGCGACGUCUGCAUCAACGGCAUCUGCAAGAACGUGGGCUGUGACUAUGAGAUUGACUCGCACGCCGUGGAGGAUCGCUGCGGGGUGUGCCACGGGGACGGCUCCACCUGCCACACCGUGCACAAGACCUUCGAGGACAGCGAGGGGCUGGGCUAUGUGGACAUUGGGAUUAUCCCCGUGGGAGCCCGGGAGAUCCGGAUUGAAGAGGUGGCAGAAGCCGGGAAUUUCCUGGCGCUGCGGAGCGAGGACCCCGAGAAGUAUUUCCUGAAUGGAGGCUGGACCAUCCAGUGGAACGGGGACUACAGGGUGGCAGGGACCACCUUCACCUACAAGAGGACAGGCAACUGGGAGAACCUCACCUCUCCGGGGCCCACCGUGGAGCCCGUGUGGAUCCAGCUGCUGUUCCAGGAGACCAACCCCGGGGUGAGGUACCAGUACACGAUCCAGCGCCCAGCUGACAGCGAGAAUGAGAUCGAGCAGCCCGAGUUCCUGUGGCGCUUUGGCUCCUGGACCACCUGCACGGCCACCUGUGGGACAGGGGUGCAGCGGCAGGUGGUGCACUGCGUGGAGAGGCUGGCGGGGCUGGUGGAGGAGCGGUUCUGUGACGCGCUGACGCGCCCCGAUGACCAGCAGCGCACCUGCAGCGAGGAGCCCUGCCCAGCCAGGUGGUGGGUGGGUGAGUGGCAGCAGUGCUCAGCCACGUGUGGCCAGGCAGGGCUGAUGAAGAGGACGGUGCUGUGCAUCCAGAGCGUGGGGCUGGAUGAGCAGAGGGCCCUGCAGCCAGCAGACUGCCAGCACCUCACCAAGCCAGAUGCCACCAUGCCCUGCCACCCAGAGGUCCCCUGUCCCUCCCCAUGGGCUCUGGGCAACUGGUCCGAGUGCUCGGUGACCUGUGGGAACGGGACCCAGCGGCGCCCCGUGCACUGCAGCAACAGCACUGGGGCCCCGUGCGACCCUGCGCAGAGACCCAGCCCCGAGAGGCUUUGCUCCUUGCCACAGUGCCACCAGGAAUGGGACAGCACAGACUGGUCUGGCAGCGGCUCCUCCAGCAGGGAGGUGUUUAAUGAAAUCCAUUACAUCCCCAGCAACCACGUUCCUAAAUUUAACCCCUUAGUCCCAAACGUCCCGGAGUCCAACGAUGCCAACGUCAUCACCGAGGAGGACUUCUCAGCCAGGAAAGGAAACGUCUUUGUGGAUGACUUUUACUACGAUUACAACUUUAUCAACUUCCACGAGGAUCUGUCCUACUACCCCUUCACGGAGAAGGAGAGCAAAGGCGAGGAGCCAAAGGCAGAGCUGGGCACGGAUGGCACGGAGGGGCCCUGGGAGCUGCCCACUGAGUCCCUGCUCACCACCGAGCUGGGAGGAGAGAGCCAGGGCCAGCCGGGCCCCGAGGAGGAGCACACUUCUGCCCCUGUGCAUGGGCAAGACACAGAGCCUGGGGGGCAUUUAGCCUCGAGUGACCUCCUGAGCAUGGGCCCCGAGGAUGUGGGGUCAGCCACUCCCAGAUACACCACCCCUGGCUUUUUGGGUGAGCAGGAGGAGGAUACGGUGCCUGUGCCCCACUCUGAGCAUCACCCGCCCACUCAGAGCUCUGGAGGGCACCAGCCAGAGCUCCACAGCCCCACAGCCCCCACCUCAACCCCCUCGCUGGCCACAACAGCCCCUCCAGUGCCCCUGUCCCCUGCCAUGCCCGGGCCAGCCGCCCAGCUCACCUCCAGUGGCCUCAGCCAGCAGGCAGCCCCUGCCAAGCCCAGCUGGGAGGUCGGGAACUGGAGUGAGUGCUCGGCCACGUGCGGCCUGGGCGCGGUGUGGCGCUCCGUGCGCUGCAGCAGUGGCCCUGACGGUGGCUGUCCCGCGGCCGACAGGCCCGUCCCCGCCCGGAGGUGCUCCCUGAGACCCUGCUCGGCCUGGCGUGUGGGCACCUGGAGCAAGUGCUCCAGGAGCUGCGGUGGGGGCACCAAGGUGCGGGACGUUCACUGUGUUGACACCCGGGACCAGCGGCUGCUGCGGCCCUUCCACUGCCAGGCAGGGCUGGCACAGCCCCCGGCACAGCUGCCCUGCCACAGUGCCCCGUGCCUGGACUGGUACACGUCCUCCUGGAGAGAGUGCUCGGAGCCGUGUGGUGGCGGCGAGCAGGCCCGGCUGGUGACGUGCCCGGAGCCGGGGCGCUGCGAGGAGAGCCUGAGGCCCAACAGCACCCGGCCCUGCAACAGCCAGCCCUGCACCACCUGGGUGGUGGGCUCCUGGGGACAGUGCUCAGCUCCCUGUGGAGGCGGCAUCCAGCGGCGGCAGGUGAAGUGCAUCGACACCAGGAGCGGGGUGGCCGAGGAGGACAGCAGCCUGUGUGACCACGAGCCCUGGCCAGAGAGCACCCAGAAGUGCAACCCCCAGGAGUGCGACAGCUCCGAGCCAGGUGUGCCCUGCGAGCGCGACCGCCUGAGCUUCGCCUUCUGCCGGACGCUGCGGCUGCUGGGGCGGUGCCCGCUGCCCACCGUGCGUGCCCAGUGCUGCCGGAGCUGCCAGCACGGCCACCCCGCGCCCGGCCGGCAGCGCGGCCAGCAGCGCCUGUCCCGCAGGUGA